AUGCUAAACCGCUCUCAUCAUGCAUUUGUCUCUAUAUACGCCAAACAAUUUGCUCGUCCAAUACUAGCUACCUGUGCAAUACACACUUGUGCUGCCAAGAGAUCUAUUGCAGCAAUUUCACCGCAAGAAAAACCUCGCACAAACCUCAAUGUCAUUGAUUUCUUCCAUCCUUCAUUGUCGUCCACCUUGUUUCACUACACACUCAAUCUGGGCGUAUCUGGCUAUCCAAAAGCUGGGAAGCCUGUGGAGCAGCUGGAUGAUUUAAACAUCUAUUCAAGCGUUCAAGUGGGCGAUGAUGCUUAUUUCAAACGUCAGGAUGCGUUGGGUGUGGCAGACGGUGUUGGCGGCUGGCGAUCGCAUAAAGGUGCCAACCCUGCUUUAUAUUCACGUAAAUUGAUGCAUUACGCUCAAGUGGAGCUGGAUCGUAUCAAAACAAAUGUAAGACCUCAGCAACUACAAGCCAAACCAGAUCCAGUGCAAGUGUUGGAGAGCGCUUAUCAUAUGACGACGUUAGAUGCACAAAACGAGGGUAUAGUUGGGUCGACCACUGCCUGUAUUGUUAUUUUAUGUCAAGACGAGCUUCGCAUCGCCAACUUGGGGGAUUGUGGCGUGUCAGUAAUUCGACGGAACGACUACAUAUUUCGAUCUGAGGAGCAGCAACAUUCAUUCAACUUUCCUUAUCAACUAGGCACAGCUUCCUUUGAUUCCCCGAAUGAUGCACAGCAAUUUACAGUCAAGGUUGAGGAGGGUGAUAUUGUGAUUCUUGGAUCUGACGGAUUGUUUGAUAAUCUAUAUGACGACGAGAUUUUGGAAGAGGUGCAAAAUUGCAUUGAUCAGCAGACAACGACCGACAACAACAACACAGAUGGGGAGGACAAUGUUGAAAAAGAAGAUCAAAACUCGAUGCUACACCGCAUUGCACCUCAAACGAUAUCAGAUGCGUUGGCUUGGCGAGCCAAGAUUGUGAGUGAAGACCCAGAUAAUCCUAGUUCCCCAUUCCAAGUGAGAGCCAUGCAUGAAGGUCUCUAUUACCAGGGCGGAAAAGCAGAUGAUAUUAGUGUUAUUGUAGCAAUAGUGAAAAAAGAUGAACAACCACCUGAGCCAUCGCCACCACCAUUACCUUAA